CGCCGCAGGAGGGAGUGUUAAAUUUGCUGUGGGAUGGGCCGCCCAACCGGUCCACCCGCUCGUUUUCAGUCAGUGAUUGGAGUGCAGCCACCAGGUGGAACAACAGAGGCGGAAGCUCCAGCGAUGGACUUACAAUGAGCAGCUCAACUGCAGCAGAGGGAGAAAGCGAGCUGGACUCGUGUGAGUGACGAGACGACGGGGGUUUCUUACCUUUGGAAGUCCAAAAUCCACUCCGAGUGCCCCCCCAAGGACGACGUCUUGUCGCGGAGAAAAUGAAGUUCAAGCCCAUUUGAAAGCACACCUUGAGGACUUCAUGGAGGUUCUGCGCAAGUCAUCGGCGUUUGCCGCCGAAGUUCUGGACGUCUUCGAGAGAUCCCUGAGUGACAAGGAGCUGGUAGCACAAGCCAAAGCCCUCUGCCGUGACUUCAUACUGUCUAGGCUCAACCAGAAUGGGCUGGCCUGGUCCAAAAGCGAACUCAAUCUGACUCCUGCCAGAGCUGCCCUCGCCGAUGUCUCCUUUGUGCUCCUCUGCCUCGGUGACGAGCUGGAACGCAUCCUUCCCAGCUUGUACACGAAUGUGGCCCGCCAGCUGAACAUAUCCGUGGCCAUGGAGACCAUGGUUUCAGACGCCUUCAUUGGCGUGGCCACAGAGAUCUUCUCCACAGGCAUAACGUGGGGUAAGGUGGUAUCCAUGUAUGCGGUGGCCGGCGCCCUGGCAGUCGACUGUGUUAGGCAAGGACACGCCGCCACUGUUAAUGUUAUUGUGGACAGUCUGGGGCAGUUUGUGCGCAACUCCCUCGUCCAGUGGCUCAAGAGGCGCGGAGGAUGGGUGGAACUGACCAAUUGUGUAGUGAAGAGAGAGAUCUGCCCUGAACACUCCUGGCUGUCUUCUGCCCUGGAUUCCCUGCGCUACUUCCUCAUAUCUAUGUACGUGUACAUCAUGAAGGAAGGGUGAGUGGCCCAACAGACCGCCAUAGGGCCCCACUCAUUGCUCUGGCUCACUGGCCUGAGAACGGACUGCAACUGGGCGGCCAUCGACAAAUGUUUGCUCAGCGUCUUCUGUCACACGGGACCGGGCUCCAUCCAGAGUCUUGUCUCAAUGUAACGGAAUGAGCGCGUUUUGUCGCGUGGUGCAGUUGAAUCCCCCCCCCCC